CGUUUCCAUUUGCUUGAUUUCUCCAACGGAAGCCGCGGGCUGAUAUACGAGACGCGAUUCAGCUCUUUUAGAGACUAAAGGGAGCAGAAGAAUAGGAAAGAAGUAGCGGACGAGGACGAAUGUCGUUGCUGCAGGAUCGUCCGCCAAGCAAAGCCCGUCACUAUGGAAGUGUCUUGAUGUUUUAGCAGCCUUCCACACCCCAUCCCUCACAACCCGAGAGAUAAAAGGAGUCUACUUGCCAAUUCCCAUGGCCAUGCAGCGUGGUGUAUAAUGUCCUCCAGGCCAAGGCUGACCAAGUGAGAAUUGAAUAUGACUAGAGAAGAGCAGAAGAGUUUUACACAGAACAUGGCGUCUGACACGUUUGAAAGACUGGAGCAUAUUAAACAAGAGGACUGUGGAUGGGGCUCACAAGUGGAUUUGUGUGUGAAGGUGGAAGACUGCGAAGGAGGAAUUUCAGCUUUUAAAGAAGAGGAGUCCAAGGGGGUGACAAUGGACUUUAAAACGGGGCUUUCUGAAAGUUUCCCAAUUAGCCUUGAACCAGAAGACCACAAAACUAGGAAUAGUUUCAAGCAAGAUAUUUGUGAAGAAUCUCAUUCCAGUUUACAGCCCACUAAUAUGGGACAAGCGGCUACACAGCAGAAUUCUGUGGAAGUGAAGUCAGAGUUAACGGAAUUUGAAGAGAAAGUGAUGGAUGGAAAUGGGAGAGAAGGCGAAGAACAGCAGUCAUCUGGGAGUGUUGGAAUAAGUUUGAAUGGAAAUGGCAGCUUCUCCCCAUCUUCCAUUGUUCAGACCUCUCCUCAUUGCAGACUGCAACACAGACAGGACAAGGUGAAGAUGAAGAAAUCAACAAAAGGAUCAGAGAAUUUGCAGUGCGCUUCUCUUCCUGUUGUGAGGCUAAGAAGGAUAAAGGCCAUCAACACUGAAAAACAAAAUGUUCAUGGUGCAGAUCAGGAGGCCCUUUCUUCAGUGAAACAGUUCAGAACUCAAUCUGACAGAAAAGAGAAGUCAAAUCAAAUGAGACUGGAUCAAUAUUGCUGUUCUGAAUGUGGGAAAACAUUCCGUUUUAUUAGCCAUUUCCAAAGACAUGCAAGGAUUCACACCGGAGAAAAACCAUAUGGCUGCUUUGAAUGUGGCAAAAGAUUCACCAACAAUUCUACACUUCAGAAGCACAAAAGAAUUCAUUCUGGAGAAAAGCCAUAUUGCUGUUCUGAAUGUGACAAAAGAUUCGUUUGUAAAAGCAUUCUUCAGACCCACCUGAGAACACACACAGGAGAGAAACCAUAUUGCUGUUCUGAAUGUGGCAAACCAUUCUCUGAUCGUAGCGCUCUUAAGAGGCACGCAAGAAUUCAUACCGGAGAGAAGCCAUAUUGCUGUCUUGAAUGUGGCAAAAGAUUUUCCUAUAACUGCAAUCUCGUAACACAUUCAAGAAUACAUACUGGAGAAAAGCUCUAUGGAUGUUCCGAAUGUGGCAAACGAUUAUCUGAUUGUAGCUCUCUUAAGAGGCACAAAAGAAUUCAUACUGGAGAAAAGCCAUAUUGCUGUCCUGAAUGUGGCAAACGAUUCUCUGAUGGCAGUGCUCUUAAGUGGCACAUAAGAAUUCAUACUGGAGAGAAGCCAUAUUGCUGUUCUAAAUGUUGCAAACGAUUUACUUUCAGUAGCAGUCUUUGGCUGCACGCAAAAAUUCAUACUGAAAGAAAGACAAAAUAAUUCAUACUGGUGCAAAGAAAAAAAUUCAGCUUGCCACUUCCACAGAUGCAUUGGGACCAAACUGCAGACCAAAAACCAAAAAAUGAGGAGGUGUUAGUCACUUGGGACAGACUAAUGUCAGUGGACAGAAAAAUAAAAUACCAUGAAACUAGACACAGUCGUCAAAGACAGUUUGACAGAGCUUGGAUUGAUGUUUCGCUCCAACGUCAAUACUCGGUAUGAAUGACAAAAAACAGCCAAAUAUAAAGAAAUCUGAGCUGAGCCAGAUGUGGAAUAAAAUCACAGAGAUUGUGCCAGUGGUGCUGGGAUCAGCAGGCCUUAUUAAAAACAACUUCCAGGUCUAUCUGGACGCCGCACCAGUUAACUUCACUCCAUAUGAAUUUCAGAAGGAAGCACUAUUAGGGACAAUGCAAUUACUACAUUGAGCCCUGGCAGCAAACCUAAGAGAGUAAAAUAGUAGCAAUGGAAAAAUCAGUCUGCUGUACAGUAAAACACACACAUGGAGACCCCCUGAUAAAAUCUUUACAAUACUGCGUCAGUCUAAAUCUAUUAGGAUUAUUAGCAUCCAUCCAUUUGCUGUUGAUGAAGCUUUUCAUACAGAUGUUCAUCGUGAUGGUGUGACAGGAAUGCAUUCUUUGACACCACAUAGUCCACAUUAAAACAUCCGUACUAAUAACCUAAUUAAAACUAAACGCAUACGUGUGACGUCGGCUCACUUGACAUCAUUGACUGUACGUUACGCCUUGGCCUAAUCUGUCACUGCUAAGGUACAGUCAACAAGCAAGCAAUACCUUUGGGACGUGAGAUUAAACGGCGAACAUUCCAACCUUCUUUAGUGUAUAAAGGUCAGAUCAGGUGCGGCGGCAUGCACUGAUACAAUGUGUUGUCGCAUCAACCACGCGACGAAACGGCCCGGGAUCCCAGUUGGCAGCCACCCAGAUAGACAUGCGGUCCAGUCCCACCCUCCAGAAAUGACCAUCUAUCUGUCAUAGCCAGGUGAUACAUGGACGUCCCCCUGGCCUGGUCCAGCCACUCGGGUCCUCAACAAUGACGCUCCUCUUAGUCGGAUCACCCUCAGGGAAUCACUCCACAUGGCUGUAGUGCCGUAGCUGGCGCUCCCUCACACUGCAGGUAAUGUGCCUCAUUCGGGACUCCGUGAGCAACACAAAAUCAAAGUAGUGGCACCCAAGGAUUCUCUGAACAGACACAGCACCAAAGGAGUCCAGUCUUUGUCUCAGGUAACUGGAUAGCAUCCAUGUAUCACAAACAGGACGCACCCGGACUCUAAAAACUUGGACCUUCAUCCUUUUGCAGAGAUCUCGGGAGUGACACACACCCCUAUCCAUUGACCUCAUGACUCCCCCAUGCUCUCCCAAUCUCUCUACUGACUUCAUAGGAAGAGUCACCAGAGAUAUGAAUGUCACUGCUUGGGUAAGUAAACAUCUCAACGAGGUCGACACUCUCUCUGCAGACAGACACACUGCUGAUGGCCAUGGCCAAGAGGUCAUUAAAGGCCUGAAUGUUGGUUUUUAUCAGGACCCUCACAAGCCCAGACACUCGGACUGUUCGCUCAGUCUCUUGAGAGCCUCCAUUGACUCCUCAAAGAUCACAGCAUUGUCAGCAAAGUCAAGAUCAGUGACUCUUUCUUCACCAACAGAUGCCCCACAGCUGCUGGACCCCACAACCCUGUCCAACACCCAGUCCAUGCAAGCAUUAAAACAGAUUAGGAACAGGACACACCCCUGACGAACCCCAGAAUCAAUCUCUGCACAGCACUCACAGUAUCCAUGUACAGGCCGUUCAUGAUAUCCAGCAACUGCAGGGGGAUCCUCUGAAGUCUCAGGACAUCUUCACAGGGCAGCUCGAUUUUAAUUUAAGUUGAACGCUUUAUGAAAAUUGACAAAGGCUGAGAACCCUUAAUGCUGGGAUGCGGUCGAUGGUAGACGUCUUGGGCGUAAAACCAGACUUCUGGUCGGUGGUAGGUGAACAAAUGAUCACGGAUCCUAUUGAGGAUGACCCUAGCAAAGACCUUACCCGGCACAGAGAGCAGUGUUAUCCCCCUGUAAUUGCCACAAUCCAAGCGAUUACCCUUACCUUUCCAGAUGGGGACAACAAGCCCUGUUUUCCAGUCAGUUGGGAUGACACUCAUCUCUCAAAUUGAAACCAAAAUUGCUUGCAAUGCCAGGAGGACAGCCUGACUACCAGCCUAGAGAAGUUCACCCCUGGAUAGCACAGAUCUCUGUAGCCUUCUACCAUCAGUUGAUUCACCACCUGUGCAAUUUCAGUGAGCUAACUGGGUGGUUCACAGCUAAUUGGAGCAUCAGCUUCAAGAACCAUGGACUCAGAGAUAUCCAACAUCCUAGCUGGAGGAUCAACUUUAAACAUCUGCUCAAAGUAGCCAGCCCGACGGGUCACAACUGCAGUGUCAUCCGUAAGGACCGUUCUAUCAGCCGCCCUGACUGUGACUCUCCGAGAAUCAGAUUCAAAUGUGCUUAAUGCUUUGAUUCCUCUGUAAGCAGGAUGUGGGUCACUAGACCAUAGAUGGUGUGUCACUUGCUCACAGAUUCCUCUAACAAAUGCUUCCUUAUCUACCCUCAGAGCCCUCACAGCCUUCCUUCUUAUUUCCCGGUUCAGACCGGAUUUUCCAUCAAGCCAUGCACUGUGACUCCUCUCGAUGAUAUCCAGGGUGCCCUGCGAGAUGAAACGCCUUCUUCUGUGAACACCGGUUAACACCAACACAACUCUGACCAUCCAGCUUAGGUCCGGUGGGCUACCAUCUACUAGGAAAAUGAGGCCGGACCUGCACAGACUCCGAGAUCAGGCUGUUACUGACGAGUUUGCACGCAGUUUAUGUGAGGAACUUACAGACUCGGCCGCGAUUUCUUAUCCUAAAGUGAUGUGGGAGACCUUCCAUGGCAAGAGCCCUGAUGCUUGCUGAGAGUGUAUAAAGAUAACUCCCCCCAAGUCUGAACACUGACUGAAUCUGAAGUAUGACUGUGGCUAUUCGAGCUUGAUAAACCCUCAGUAGCUCUAAUUUUUAAGCUUUCCAGAUAAAUGCCUUUUCAUUGAAGUUUACACAAAGUUGCCUGACGAUAGAACAUCUGUGACUGACAGUGAGUUAUGGCCAAUGAAAUCCACAGAGUCCGUCACUGACAUGUGAUUGGGGGCUUUGCUAUUGGCUCUCAGUUAUUGAAGACUAAGCCGACUGAUGGAUGAGACGACCAAUGAAAGACACCAGCAGCGAGGGAUCCUUGCACAUGCGCACCAAUCAAUGCUCAUUCAUUUUGCAGUUUUAAAUAAUUUUUAAUAAAUAUCCUGGCAACUGCACGCUUGUAUGCACAGAGUCUUCGUCUUCUUCCUUUGGUUCCUCCUGCUAGAGGUUGCCACCAUGGAUCGUCUGUUUCUAUAUCUUCCUGCCCUCGUCAUCUUGUUCUGUUACACCCAUCACCUUCAUGUCUUCUCUCACCACAUCCAUAAACCUUCUGGUUGGCCUUCCUCUUUUUCUCUUCCCUGGCAGCUCUAUCCAUAGCACCCUUCUCCCAGUAUACCCGGCAUCUCUCCUCUGCACAUGUCCAAGUCAACACAUUCUGGCCUCUCUGACUUUGUCUCCCAACUGUCCAACUUGAGCUGACUCUCUAAUGUCCUCAUUUCUAAUCCUGUCCAUCCCCGUCCCACCCAAUGCAAAUCUUAGCAUCUUUAACUCCGUCACCUCCAGCUCUGUCUCCUGUGCCUCCGUCUCCAGCCCAUAUAACAUAGCUGGUCUCACUGCCGUCCUGUAGACCUUCCCUUUCACUCUUGCUGAUACCCGUCUGUCACAAAUCACUCCUGACUCUCUUCUCCACCCACCCCACCCUGCCUGCACUCUCUUCUUCACUUUCUCUUCCACAAUCCCCAUUACUCUGUACUGUUGAUCCCAAGUGUUUAAACCUUCGCCAACUCCCCACAUCCUCACCAUUCCACUGACCUUCUUCUAGUGUUCUCAAAUAUGAAAUCUGACUGUCACUUUGAACCAUAAAAGUGAUGGUGGAAUAAGUCAGUUGGCUCAUCCCCUCGAGUCCACGCACCACGGACAAAUCUGAGACCAGGAAGACA